AUGCAACAAUGCAAGACCAUGCCAGCUCCCACCGUCUACCCUCCAUUCACCAGACACUCGGGGAAAACGUCUGUCACGAAAUGCGCAUGCGGCAUGCCAGAAGACGACGCCGUUGAGAUGGUGAUGUGCACCAAUCGAAAGUGUUACACGUGGCAGCACAGUCAAUGCGUCGGAUUUCAAGGAGAUGAUGACCUCUCCAACUAUGAAUGUCCAUUGUGCUCUAGAGGUGAAAAAUGGAGUGAAGAAGAUGAUAAACGAUUGAUGGAAGAAUUCGAGUUGGAAGUUGGAAAGAAGGAACCGAGGGACAAGAACGAUUUCUUCAAAGAAUUCCUCGAAAGAUAUGAAAUCGACGAGACCACCGGUUUUCUUGACCGCCGAUUCAGCGAAAUCUCCGAAGAUUUCCUACUCGAUGAAAGCGUGGAUAUUAAUCGAAGAGCGGCGGUGUGCAUCCGGGGAAAGCUCAGAAUACCGCAAGAACUCAGAGAAUCACUCGAAUCAUGCGACAAACUAGAGUCAGAUGGUAAUGGAGGGUACAAAUACACUUCAAAAGAUAAGAAAGUCAAAAUCGUUUCUGCUCCACGUCGACAAGUAACUGUGAAGCCUGAAGAAUCAGAAGAGGAUCCUGCAGCAGCUUCACCCUUAGCUCCAAAUGCUCCGUUUUCACUGGCCGAGGAUCCUGCAACUCUCCCGAACGAUGCUUCAGCUCCUCAGUCACCAGGGCUCCAUGACAUCCCUGAGUACGACCCACCUCAGCAAGACUUCGAUCUCCUACAAAAUCUCUCUCAAAAUCUGGCAGAAACUUCGGAUGUGGCUUCCCAAGACACUCGGACUCCAUCUCCAGGUGUUCACGAAAGACUCUUAGUGAAGAUACGUCCAUCAGACUUUCCAUCGCUCUUUCCUGCUCACCUUCUAGCGGCUCCAGUCCCAGCUACCCCAACGCCAACUCCUUCCAAGGAUCGUAAGCCAGAAUCUCCCACUCCACCAGUCUUGGCUCAUGACACUCGGACUCCAGCCCCUCUACCACUGAAGGCUGCUCCGCCAUCAACUUCAACCAAAUCUCCAGCAACCUCCACUAUUGCUCCACCAGUAGAUCUUGCUCCAGUUCCCCCGUCUUCCACCUCUCAUGUUCCAAAUGACGCUCCAAUGGAUCUUGGGAAUCUACCUCCACCUCCAGCAUCGGCUCCUAACGGUAAUCCUCUAGGACCAUUAGGCGUAUCAGGACCUUCAAUUCUGCCAGGAUCUUCAGGACUGCCAGUACCUCUAUGCCCAUCUCAGUAUGCAAAUCAGUUCCAAAACCAGCAACCCGUCCAAGUCCAUCAGCCAGGUGCUAACCACGGUGCAUGCCCAUCUUAUCAACCUGGACUACUAGAAUUGUUAGGUCUGUCGAGUCGACCAGGACUUUCAAGACCCCUAUACCCCACUCAUUUUCAAGGAUGUCACAUGCCCAUCAACAGUGUGCCACAGUUACCAGCUAACUAUGGCGCAGGUUCUCGGCUCUUCAACUUCUCGAAUCAAAUUCCAAUGAACAGUGGGCAGUAUUCUGGACUGCCCGGCCAGCCUGUUUCCAUCCCAAUUGGAAGGUACCACCAAGCUAUUUCUAAUCCUCGAUCCAGUGCUGCACCCUUCAAUAUCCCAGCUAGCAGCCAUCCGAGUUGGUGUAUCAAUCCUUGCGUGCCAGAUGCCAGCAGAAAGCGGAAACACGAGGAAUUAAACACCAACCUCGCUAUGCCGGAGAUCCCGGCAUAUAACAUACUAUUCGUUGUGAAAGCUUUCCUGGACGGCCUGGAGCAGAGUGCUCUAAAGAGUUUGGCAAAAGAGUUCGAAAGAGCAAUGGUGACGAGAGAAAAAGAAUUAAAAGAGAAGAUGGUCCCGUACAACAUCUUCUUCGACCACCUGGAGUUGGUGUACAAACUCCUAAAGGACAAGUCGCGUGAGAAGAAAGCGGCAGAUGGCGAGAUCGACGCAAAGCUGUUUUGGCAAGCAUUCUGGAAGCUUCCCGACGGAAAUCGCAUGUUUCUAAAGGAAUUCGUGACGCUUUGUGGUAAAAUCAAAAUGUUAUGGAGAGGAAGGAAGGAAAAAGCCAUCAAGGUAUCGGAUAUUGAAUAUAACUUGAGAGCGCCUUUCCUGGUUUACUUGAGUUUGUAA